UAUUUUAUUUUCAUAGGUCAAGAAUUUUGUGCUUGCAAUUACAUACGGAUUUCGUAUAGAAUUCAAUAAUCUAAGACCAAUAGAGAAAACUAGUCAGCAUGGACCGUUCAAAGACCAGAACUCUGGAAAUUGAUUUGUCCGUUUUUGAAGCCAUGUUCGAACAAGCGACUUAUUCCAAGGAACAGACACCUCUGACGCUCGCCACGAAUAUUUCCAAUUUGGAAGAUUUGCAGUUAUGCUGUCGCUGUUGUGGUCGUAUUGAUGACAACACAUUCGUCGAUUUGGACGAGGAGCAGAAUUUUGAUUUUGAUCCAUCGAUAAACAACUACCGCAGUUUAUUUCAGCGCACUUCGCUGCAAUUUCAAUUUCACACUAUGCCUAAUUUACCGACGCGUAUCUGUGCGCGUUGCUGCUACAAAAUUAAAAUCUUCUAUUGCCUGACGCGUCAGUUCGUGCUUAAUCAGAACUCAAUGCGCGCCACCAUCACAGAAUGGUAUCGCAAUAAUCACUGGAUUGAGCCUCCAGAACAGGCAACUGAUUUGAAACGUGUUAAUGAGGAACUGGCCGCUGCAGAUCCUGAACUGUUGCCGCCACCUCCACUCCCACAAACGGCUACCAAGAAUGGAGUAGUUGUAGGCUGUAAGGAGCGGGUAGCCUCUUGUUUGGUGCAGCCAAUGCCUCAAGAGAUGCCAAAGAAAAUAGAGCAGGCGUCUAAGCAAACCAAUAAGAAUGCCAGCGGUGCAAAUAAAAUUGCUAGAAUCAACGCACUGGCUAAGCUAAAGUCGCCUCCGUUCAUUUGUCACUCAUGUGGCUGGGAAUGGGCUACUCGCGCCGACUUGAUCGCGCAUUGUGGAGUUCGCACUUGUUGUCGCUCUCCAUCCCAACAGUCUGGUUCGCUGGCAUCUGGGCGCAAUCCGGCACAGGUUUCGCAAUCUGCACGUGCCAAGUCCUUGCAUGGAAGCAAUCUGCAAGUUGCCAGAACUCAAAGGCAGCCAGCCACGGCUCGUGAGGUUAGAGGUCGUCAGCAAGAUUGUAACGCUGCUGCCAAAAAGCUUUUUAUAGUACCAACACGACAAGGCACGUCAUCUGCGCCACUUCCAACCUAUCCACGAAGAGUGGCAUCUGCACUGUCCAUACCAGCACGGGCCACGUGCCACACUGCUGCUCAAACGCGUCGCGAACGCACAACACGUUUUCCAGUCGCUGAGCCUGAUCCAUCAAUGCCAGAUGUCGAAUCCGGCGCAAAAAAUGAGUGCAUUGUGCCACCUAGAAUUGCAUCGGAUGGAUGUGAACCUACAAGUUUGCAGGCUACAGGACAAGGCGCAGGACCAGCAACAACCAACCCAGUGCCACCCUCACGCGCUCAAUUGCAGCGCCAACAGAACGCCCGAUGUCGUCAAUGGCGUUGAAAAGAAACAAUUUACCCUUCUCAACGCAUUUUGUUUCGUUUUCAUUUCAUUCGAAUUGUUUUAAUAGCUUCUAAAUUUUGGUAAUAAUUCAGUCAAUUAGAGAAUUGAAACAACAAUGAUCAAAAUUAUUACACAGAAAAUUUCCAUAUGUGCAUCAUUUGUAGCUUUUAACAAUGAAUCUUAACCCAUUCUAUGAAGCUCACAUAACACUCACACAAACAAUGUUACAUUGGGAAAUGUAGAAUAUAGUUAAUUCAAUUUUU